AGUGAAGUCAACAGACUGCUGUCAAAACAAACACAUGUUAAGGUGUCUAAUUUAAACUUUUUGUUUAGAUUACUUUAUCUUGUUUAAAUUUUCUUUUAAAGUAUCAUAAUUAAAUUUAUUAAUAAAUAUAAUGGGUGACAUAAUAGAUAAUGAAGAAAUUGACAGGGACACUGUGGAAUCAAAGGAUUUAGAACAGAUUUUUAAUGAAAAAUACACCUUGUUAUGUGAAACCGCUGUAACUCUCAAAAAGUCGUAUUUAAACAAGUUAUCUGGCAUUAAAUCAUUACAAUUUGCUGUUGGUUUAUCUGACAACAGUAUUGAAGUAUAUCAGUUGAACAACACAUCACUAUCCCGAGUUUGCCGGCUUAGUGGCCAUCAAAAAGCACUUACUGAAGUGGUGUUUAGCCCUAAGGAAGAUCACAUCUUGUAUUCGGCUGGUCAAGAUGGAUUAUUGAAAAUGUGGGAUACAAGGACCAGUGGCAGCUGUGUCCAGGAAUAUAAAGAUGACGAUGAACCCAUAAAACCAUACGACUGCAUGGACAUUUCGUGUAAUGGACGAGUUCUUUGUGCUGGCAGUCAGCUGGUGCAGGACGAUGCAUAUCUUGUGUUUUGGGAUCAGAGAAAGAGCAGUCCACUUGGAGGAUACUGGAAUUCACAUACAGAUGAUAUUUCUCAGGUUAAAUUCCACAAAGAAAAGACUGAAAUAUUAGCAACGGGCUCGUUAGAUGGCCUCAUAAAUGUGUUCAACAUUAUGGAACAAAAUGAAGAUGAUGCACUUGUGUACUCGCUGAAUGUUGAGAACUCCAUAGAGAAGAUAUCGUGGCUGGACGCGAGGCAGGUAGCGUGCGUCACACAGUCCAACGACCUGCAGGUGUGGGACAGUGAAUCUGGUGACCAGAUCAAGAGUUGCAGUAGAGAUAAGAUUGCUAAAAGUAUCAAGAGAAGUAAAGGCGAUGACUGUUACUUGGUAGACACGUUCAUGUCAGCAGACGACACACCACUCGUGUUGGCGGGCUCCUCUGCAGGGAAUGGAAACAUAUUACGAUCAGCGAGAAUAACGGAGAAGAAGCUACAGCCAAGCACGAACUUCACAGAAAACAAACAGAUGGUCAGGUGCUGCUGGUACGACAAAGAUAGAGACAUCCUGGUGACUACGGGAGAGUCGGGCAUGAUAAGCGUGUGGCAGGGCGCGCCAGCACCCACGCAGAACGGCGGCACCUCCCACAAGCUGACCAGCUCGCUCAGCAAACUACACGUGAACCGACAUAAGCCAUAUUAAAACGCAAUUAAAAUUCAA